AGCUGGGGAGUCAGGGACGCGCGCAGCCAGCCCUUCCCCCUCCCGCUCCCGCACCGCCGGCCGCCUCCCCUCGCCCUCCUCCUCCUCCCUCCCUGCUCCUUCGCUUUUCCUCCACCUCCUCCUGCACGGCCCGGCUGCCAGCACCAUGUCCGCAGGGGGAGAUUUUGGGAACCCACUGAGAAAAUUCAAGUUGGUGUUCCUGGGGGAGCAGAGCGUCGGGAAGACGUCUCUGAUCACACGGUUCAUGUAAGACAGCUUCGACAACACGUACCAGGCAACCAUUGGGAUUGACUUCUUGUCAAAAACGAUGUACUUGGAGGAUCGUACGGUGCGGCUGCAACUCUGGGACACAGCCGGCCAGGAGAGGUUCCGCAGCCUGAUCCCCAGCUACAUCCGGGACUCCACAGUGGCCGUGGUGGUGUAUGACAUCACAAAUCUCAACUCCUUCCAGCAGACCUCGAAGUGGAUUGACGACGUCAGGACAGAGAGGGGCAGCGAUGUCAUCAUCAUGCUGGUGGGCAACAAGACGGACCUGGCAGACAAGAGGCAGAUAACCAUCGAGGAAGGGGAGCAGCGUGCCAAAGAACUGAGCGUCAUGUUCAUAGAGACCAGCGCCAAGACUGGCUACAACGUGAAGCAGCUCUUCCGACGUGUGGCGUCCGCUCUGCCUGGAAUGGAGAAUGUCCAGGAGAAAAGCAAAGAAGGGAUGAUCGACAUCAAGCUGGACAAACCCCAGGAACCCCCAGCCAGUGAGGGCGGCUGCUCCUGCUAAUGCAGCCGGACCUGCCAGCUUCCUUUGACACUACUCGCUUGUUGUGUUGCUUCCUAUUGGUUAGCUUC